GCAAAAAUCGGAACCAGCGAUCCGGCAUUGACGGUGGCGCCCCCUGUCAGUGUCAGUGGGACAGUUCGUUGUAGUUCAUACGUGAAUCGAACUUUUCAUGAGGCUGACAUUGCUGACCUUUACUGCAUUUCGCGCUGCGAAAUACACUCGCAAUCAGAGUGGGACGCGCGCGCAAACGGCGAGGUGUUGUGAAAAAGGAUUUAGUCGAUUCAAACCUUUUUUUUUAGUUUUUUUUAGGAUCCAAAUUCGAAUUUGGAGCUGAAUUGAGCCAUGGCGCCCUCAGUGGGAGAGUUCUAUGCAGGGAAAUGCAUUUUGGUUACAGGAGGGACCGGAUUUGUUGGGAAGGCUUUGGUAGAAAAGCUUCUCCGCAGCUGUCCACAGAUAGACACGAUCUAUCUCCUGCUGAGGAACAAGAAGGGGCUGACCAGUGAGGAGAGACUUAAAGACUUAAUCAGCAGCAAUAAGCUCUUCGAGCUAAUUCGAGACAAGAACCCAGACGUAUUACAGAAGUUGAAGCUGAUCCCGGGGGAUAUCCUGGAGGAGGGGCUGGGGAUGUCCAACGAUGACAGAGUGGAGCUGCAGAGGCGGUGCCAUAUCGUGUUUCAUAGCGCUGCUUGUGUCAGAUUCGAUCAGAAACUGAAAGACGCAGUCAACCUCAACACUGUAGGAACGGACAGAGUUUUGCAGUUAGCUGAAACGAUGGAAAAACUAGAGGUGUUCGUUCAUCUCUCGACAGCCUACUGCCGCUGCGAGCUGGACGUGCUGGAAGAGAAGCUGUACCCAGCGGUCCACGACCCAAGGAAGGUCAUGGACAUCUGCGAGUGGAUGGACGACGACCUGCUGAAGUAUUUGGAGCCUGAACUCAUCAAAUCCGAACCCAACACUUACUCCUAUACAAAAGCCAUCACGGAGGAACUGGUGGCUGAAUACAGCAACAAGUUCCCCAUAGCCAUUGCUAGACCUUCCAUAGUGACUGCAGUAUGGAAGGAGCCGAUCCCAGGAUGGGUGGACAACCUGAAUGGCCCCACUGGACUACUCAUUGGCAGUGGCAAGGGUGUGAUCCGGUCGAUGCACUGCGAGCCUUCAUACACGGCUGACGCGGUGUCUGUCGACGUGGUUGUCAACGGCUGCAUCCUGAUCGCUUAUGCCACCGCUUUAGACAAACCUCGUAAUGCUAGUGUCUACAACAUCACACUGUCCGGAGUGGUCAAGAUCUCUUGGGGAGAAAUCAUAGAACUGGGUAGAAAAUGGGUGGAGGAAUACCCCCACACAAUGGCCCUCUGGCACGUGGGGGGGACAAUCAAGUCGUAUUACUGGCAGCACUUACUAUGCGUGUUCUUCUUCCACUUGGUACCGGCGUACUUGGUGGACGGACUGCUUUUUUUGUUGAGGAAGAAGACUUUUUUGGUGAACGUGCAAAAACGCAUCAGCCACGGGCUCAACGUGCUCCAAUAUUACACAACGAAAGAGUGGCAUUUCUGCAACGACCGUUUCUUGGCCCUCCGCAAGCGAAUCAGCGCCGAAGACGACCGGACUUUUUACAUCGACUUCAGUACUCUGAGCCCUGACCAGUACUUGAGGGACUACGUGCUGGGGACACGGCAGUUUGUUUGCAAAGAGGACCCUUCGACCCUGCCGCGAGCGAGAAAGCUGCAUAGAAUGUUAGUAUUCAAUGAUCUUAAACUACAUAUUUAAAUCGACUUGGUUCUC